AUGCCCUUCUCCAACGUCUCCGCAGAGGAGACGCGUGGCCUUUGCGAGUUCGCCGAACGGCGGCAGCUGUCGCGCAAGACGACGACCGUGGUGGACGGCAACACCGUCCACGCAGAGAGCGAAAGCGUCGAUGGCAUCGACACAUCUUUCCUCAGCGCGGUGGUGGAGGUCGUCGAGGCUGUGCUCAUGCGUUACGCGUUGACGCGCGUGUGCGACACGGCCACUAUCCCCACCGGGUCGACGGAGAGUGUCAAGUUCGAUCAAAGAGGCGUCGCUGCCAACGGUCGUGCGCCCUUUCCGUCGCUGUUUCUGCAUACGCCUCGGACGUUUGUGCAGCUUCACGGUCAACAGUCUGACUCACUGGGCUCUCCGUCAUCACCAGCGAGGAGGAGUGUGAAGGGGGCGCGAAAAAUAGUCUGUGCGGACGGCGCGACUGCCCUCAGCAACGCCUACUGCACACCCGGCAUGCCACCAACGCCUCUCCUCUUCAAGAGCGCGUCCGUCAGCACAGCCGCACACUCGAAAAUGGAUGAACGAGUCGCCGUGAACAACAUGGAGGACCAUCGGAUGCAGCCGGCACCGCUACCGUACGACAGCCUUGCUCGGUUCCCGCCGCAGCUUCAUCGCAAUACAUCGGCGGUGCUGCACAGCCCAUCCUUGGACAGCGCACGCCCGAUGGUGAACUUGUCGCUUACACCAGAACCGAUCGGCAGGACAGCAGCAGUGGUGGAGAGUGACAAGUCCGUGCCACUCUCGUCAUCAUCAGUGCAGGAGAUGGUGCAGGUGGUAUUACAAGGCGAGGCCGCCGUGGUCGUCACCACCGCUGUCUCCUUAUCCGGUGGUGCUGCCGCGGCUAUAUCGACCCCGACAAGCCCCCAGCCGGUGACCAUGACAGAGACCAGGUGCUGCAGCGUAGCCGAGGAAUACGCAUUGAGGCAUGCAGCAGCAGAUACAGCGGCACUCAGCGAGGCACCGCUGCUUUUUAGCCCUGACGCAACCUCCUGUGUGUUGGUCGCGUGCCGGGUGACACUGCAUGAAGGGUGGCAGCGACUGAUAGCCUCCUCUGCUACGACGUCACUGCCGGUAUCUGCGGCGGCUGCGAUGGCUGUUGCUGAUGCCUCUCCGCAAGCGACGUGCUGUGUCUCCUGCUCGAGGUCGUUUCUCAGCGCAUGUGGGCAUACCGCUUCUGCCGCUAUGGUCCACCUCGACCGCGAGGAUGGCGUCGCGGAGAUGCUGCAUCAGCUCGUAUGGGAUAGCGCCGUGCCCGCCUUCCUUCACGCGGUUCAUCAACACUACAUGGCGCACAUGACCACCACCAGCAUUCCAGAAGCCGCUGGCAACAGCGACAACGCCGCCUCGUGUGCGAAGGCUGUCAUGGCGCUGAAGAACAUGCUGAGGCGGUUGUGGCGUGCAGCUGCGCUGCCGGCGGACCCCACGUCCACGCCACCUCCGCCCUUGCUUCAGGUGGACUGGUACGUGGUUGGCGCCAUUUGCAUGCGCAAGAGCGCCGCGCCGGUACUGGAGAGCGUGUUCCAGCAGUUUUUUCCCACCUCGCACGCCACAUCUACCCCGCCGGUGACCACACCCGCCAAUCUGCACCUUCUUGCAGAGGAAGUUUACCUCAACAGGCUUCUCCCACAACUCACGAGCUCAGCCACCUCGGCAACUUCGUGCUCGCUUAACGUCGCUCACCGCCUCCGCGAGGAUGGUCUGUGCUUCUGGUCCUUCAACACCACCUUCCAGCCCUGGUGCGUCGAGCCGGAUGGUCGGCGGCGUUAUGCCUACCCCAUGACGUGGGGGCUGUUGCUGAGCGUGGCGACGGGGCACAGCUGGCCCGCCACCGUGCAGCCAGGAACCCGCACGUAUCCACUUUCCGAAAUUCGAUCCCUAUCCGCGGAGAAAGGCUACCGAUGGGUGACGCCACUGUCCUCUGAUGUGCUGCGCGGCACGCGCCGUGGACCGGGUGAUGUCGAACGUGCAGGUGGGCUGCAGCUCGCGUGCAACACCGUACCGUCCACCACUCUCGCGCAGCGCGUGAACAAGAGUGCGGCGUCGACGCCAUCGCCCCUGCGGCUGUGGUCCUCGCUAAACGCCCUUUCCACCUCACCCAGCGACGCGGAGCGUAAUCGAGAUUCAGUGUCACAGCAAGAUACGACAGCUAAGACUGCAAAGCUGGUGACGGUCACGGUAACCUUGGCCUCCUAUGUGCGGACGCUGCUGAACCGGCAGGAGGCAUGGUGGGCACGGGUACAGCGUUGCCAGACGGCGCCAUCCGAGGCUGGGGCAUUGGCACUGCAGGUGCCGCCGUCGACUUCAUCGACACGCAAGCGGAUUCUUCCGUUGCUACUGCGACGCCACGCCUCGCUCGCCACGCCGUCUCCUGCGCAACGGCAUCAGCAAGAUAGCGAGGGGGAAGACAGGGAAAACGACGAUGGCGACGAGGAGGGAGGCCCUCUCGUGCACUGGAGUGGCGUCGACGCGGCGAUGGUGCGCACGCUGCUCUCAUACCCCAAAGAAAGCUUCCUGCAGUGGUCCACCACUCCACACUGCGAGCCACCAGAUUUCUACGACCACGCACGCGACGGGCUCCUGUGGCGGGCGAGCGUGCGGCCUGCAGACGUCUUUGUCGAGGGAACAGAUGGCCUGUACGUUGAAUGA